AUGUCGAAAGGGUUUACGCCUGUGGUGGCACCAGACUUCGUUGCAGUCAACAUAACAAUCCGAAACACGGUUGGUGCAGUCAACCAUCAGACGGUGGCAUUGCGAAACUGUGCGGAUUUGUCAACCUUCUAUAGUCAAGGUUGCAGCUUUGAAGCGUACCAAGACACGCUCUACACAUAUUCUCUAAGACAAUUCUACAAUGAAUGUGACAUUUACGGUACAGUUGAUUUCAUAUUCGAAAACGCCGCCGUUGUGCUCUAAAACUGCAACUUGUUCGAGCUACCAAUGACGGGGCAAUCCAACGCGCUUACCGCACAAGGUCGGACUGACCGGAACCAGAACACAGGGAUUUUGAUCCAGAACUGUAACGUGAGAGCUGCAAAUGAUUUGGCUUCGUCGAAUAGAACUGUUCAGACAUAUUUAGGCCAGCCGUGGAAGGAAUAUUCCAUGACGGUUUAUAUGCAGAGUUUCAUGGAUGGUUCUAUUAAUCCUGCCGGGUGGUCCGCAUGGAGUGGAGACUUUGCACUGAGUACAUUGUAUUAUGAUAACAACAGACCCGGAUCCAACACCAGUAAUCGGUUCACUUGGCCCGGUUACCAUGUGAUUAAAGCUGCUGAUGCUGCCAAUUUCACAGUGUCUGCUUUCUUGUUGGGAGAUAAUUGGAUACGCCAAACAGGAGUCCAUUACACCGCUGGCUUGAUAUGA